AUGGAUAAUCAAACAAAGAGUAGUAGUGGUGCUUCCUCUUUUACUAGUGCUAUGAAUCUUGACCAACAAGGAGUGUCUUCUAUUCCUCAACUCUAUGUUCUACCCCCUUCACAACGCCCAAACACCAUUCAUCAUCAUGAACAUGUUCUUCCUCUCCCUAUAAUAGACUUGUCUGAUUUUCAUGAUCAAUCUCGUAGAUAUCAAAUUAUCAACGAAAUCAGAAAUGCUUGCAAGGAGUUUGGUUUCUUUCAGGUUAUUAACCAUGGAAUUGAUGAAUCAGCAAUAAAUGAAGCCCUAAAAGCUGCAGAGGAGUUCUUCAACCUCCCUCAUGAUGAAAAGAUGUGUUUGUUUUCUGAUGAUGUUCAUAAGCCUGUAAGAUAUGGAACAAGCCUUAAUCAUGCUAGGGAUGAAGUUUUUUGUUGGAGAGAUUUCAUCAAACAUUAUUCUCAUCCCCUAUCGGAUUGGAUUCAUUUGUGGCCUUCAAAUCCACCAAGUUAUAGGAAGAACAUUGGAAAUUAUGCUGAGGCAGUGCAAGAUCUUCAAAACAAACUAAUGGAGAUGAUUUUUGAGAGCCUAGGGUUAAACCCUAGCUACCUUGAAGAAGAAGUUAAUGGUGGAUCUCAACUCCUAGCUGUGAAUUGCUACCCUGCAUGCCCUGAACCCGAACUAACCCUAGGGAUCCACCCUCAUUCCGAUUAUGGAUCAAUAACUGUUCUACUCCAAACUCGAUCCGGGCUCGAAUUCAAGAACAAAAACAAUAAUUGGGAGGCAGUUCCCUUAGUUGAAGGUGGCCUAGUAGUGCAAUUGGGUGAUCAAAUGGAAGUUUUGAGCAAUGGAGUUUACAAGAGUGUGAUUCACCGAGCAACAGUGAAUGUGGAUAAGAAGAGGUUUUCAAUUGUGAGUCUUCAUAGUUUUGCAAUGGACAAGAAGAUAGGGCCAGCAAAAGAGCUUGUUGAUGAUGAUGAUCAUCAAUUACCAAAGUGUUACAAUGAAUUCAGCUUCAGGGAGUUUCUUCAAUUCAUUUCCAACAAUGAUAUUACAAAAGAAAGGUUCCUAGACACUUUGAAGAUCAUGGAAUAAUUAAACCAUAUAUAGAUUUUGGUAUGUAUGUUCUUUUUUUAGAGUUUGUUUGUGAUUUCAGAUU